GCAGUUCGUCAUAUGGUCUAUGCUGGUCACCCUCGCCUUGGUCGCUUCUGCGCUCGCCGCCAAAAUUCCCGUCUCCAGUCUGCAAAAUAUCAGGUCCACGCCCGGCAAUGUCGCCCCCAACAGGUUCAUUGUCGAGCUGUCCGCGCCUCUGGGGAACACUAAGAGAGAUAUUCUCUCGCGAGAGACACAUGAACUAUUAUACAACCACAUGCGCAAGCGAAGCGUCAGCUUCCAAGUCGACAGAGAAUUCAAUUCACCGGGCGUGUUCAUAGGCGCUGCGGUCACGCUGAGAGACGCCAAUGAUAGAAAUGAGCUCGCUUCGAUGCCUGGUGUACAGGCCAUCCGCCCCGUGAUCAUGGUGCAACCGCCCCAGCCCGUGUCGUCCCAUGUGGUGACUGGAGUGACCGACCCAGCCAUUCCUGCAGACACCGAGUCCACACAUAUCAUCACAGGCGUGGACAAGCUUCAUGCACAGGGCAUCAUUGGCAAGGGCGUCAAGGUUGGAAUAAUCGAUACUGGGAUUGACUGGACCCAUCCGGACCUGGGUGGCGGAAUCGGCCCUGGGUUCAAGAUCAUUGGCGGCUUCGAUUUUGUGGGAGACGCUUUCAAUGGUACCAACACUCCCAUGCCGGACCCAGAUCCAUUAGAUCAGUGCAACGGUCACGGUACUCACGUCGCGGGCAUUAUCGGAGCCAAUCCCGGAAACGCUUUCAAAAUCAGCGGUGUUGCAUUCAAUGCUUCCCUAACUGCAUACAGGAUCUUUGGCUGCAAUGGCACGACUCCUGAUGACAUCAUCGUUGAGGCUCUGCUUCGCGGCGUGAGCGAUGGCCAGGAUAUCUUGACGAUGUCUCUAGGCGGCCCCGACGGUUGGACGGAGGGCACCGCUUCUGUAGUUUCCAGCCGGAUCUCCGACAUGGGCAAAAUUGUUACUAUUGCUGCAGGCAAUGAUGGCGCCGACGGCAUGUUCUUCACCUCAGGCCCUGGAAACGCCAUCGAUUCCAUUUCGGUAGCAUCCCUUGAUAACACUGUAAUCCCGCUGCAGAACGCCACUGUGCUCGGCGUGCAGCAUGACCCCAUCACCUAUUUCGACGCUCUGCCUCUACCUGUCAUUGACACCCUGCCGAUAUUUGCCACGAGCACCGACACGACGGUGGCAGAUGACGCCUGCGACACGCUACCAGACAGCACACCUGAUCUUAGCAGGUUUGUUGUUAUUGUAAGGCGUGGAACCUGCACUUUCGUCCAAAAGUUGACAAAUAUCGCGGCGAAGGGAGGAAAUAUCUCGUUGAUCUACGACGACGGCUCUGGCUUCGAGGACAUCGACGUCGGCAAUUUCACUUCUGCCCUGAUUCAGGCUGCAGAUGGAGAAUUCCUUGUCAAUGAAUUCGCUUCCGGUGCCAACGUCUCCCUGUCGUUCCCUCAGACAGGUGCAAGCACUCAAUUUCCUGACCCCACCGGCGGCCUUAUCUCGUCCUUCACUUCCUACGGUCCGACGAACGACAUGUUCUUUAAGCCCGCCAUCACUGCUCCUGGUGGUAACAUCUUGUCGACCUUCCCAGUCCCGCUCGGCAGCUUCGCCGUACUCUCCGGAACCUCCAUGGCCACCCCGUUCAUAGCCGGUGUCUCUGCCCUGCUUUUCGGUGUCAAGGGUAAUAGUGCCGAGGUCGGACGUGGCGCACGGAACCUCUUCGAGACGACCGCUCAGCUCGUGCCGAGCAGCCUCACAGACGGCGAUCCUUUGCAGACUGCGGCGCAACAGGGCGCUGGACUUGUCAAUGCUUUCCAGGCACUCACUACGAACAUCACCAUCCAACCCGGGGAGCUGCUGACGAACGAUACAGCUAACUUCGUCAGCUUGCACACCUUCACAAUAAAAAAUACUGGAACACAAGCAGAGUUGUUCAAGAUCUCACAUGUACCUGCUGGUACUGCGCUGUCUCUCCAAAAUGGAACCUCAUUCUUCGCCGACGGCCCAGUGCCGCUGUCCACAGACUUCGCUACUAUCACAUUAAGCGAGAGCUCCGUAACAGUCCACCCUGGCCAGACGCAAGAGAUUACCGCACACAUCACACCACCGUCAAGCGCUGACCCUUCUAUUCUGCCCGUCUUCUCCGGCUUCAUCCAGAUCGUGAGCGCGAACGAGACGUUCCAUGUCACGUACCUUGGCGUCGCCGCCUCCCUGAAGGACGUGCAGGUCGUCGAUGACACGAACGUGUUCUUCGGUAUCGACUUGCCGGUGUUGACGGAUCCUGCGGGUGACCUCCUCACGAACGCGACAAACUUCACGUUCGUUGGUGAGGACGUGCCACAGCUGCUCGUGCGCCUCGACUUUGGCACGCCACUCUUGCGCGCGGACCUCGUCGAUCCGAACGAGAAUAUCCCGACGACGCUGAACAAGCGCAGCACGAUGAGCUUCCCGCAAGACGUCGCGGGCGGGACGUCCGCGCAAAUCAAGACCAUCGGGCCGCUGUUCGAGCUCGACUUUCAGCCGCGUAACACAGACGAGAACGACGGCACGGAGUUGAAUGUGUUUGAAUUCGACACGCCGACCUUCGCGAAUGGAUCCACCAUCCCGAACGGUCUGUACAAGGUCCUACUUCGUGCGCUGAAGGUGACGGGAGACCCGACAAACGAGGCAGACUUCGAGAGCUGGUUGAGCCCCAUCAUUGGUGUCGUCGUCCCGAGCAACGCCUCGGACAGCACCUGAAGAUUGAGCGCUGUAGUUCUAGAACUUGAAUAUAUGCCAAUUACAAUGUUACAGUCUAUCCGUAUUCCCGUUAAAUCAAGCAACAGUCUUGGGUAAGCCAUCAGCUCCAAGAAGGGCCUCUUCGGCACCCAGGACCCGAGGGCCAUCUCCUACUCUUGUGUGAAUCAGGCUCUUGACGGCACCAACGCCGAAGGGCUUCGCCACAGCAGUGUUGAAUCCUUCAACGACAGCUCCUCCGACACCAGCUGCGCCAAAGAGCUGGAAAGGAUCCUUGAAGGACUCCGCCUGCGGGAAGUAUUUGACGAUCAUGGACACAAUCUCCUUCACGUUCUCCUUCGGCGUGUAGAUAACCGCGUUCGGGCCUGCAUCGUACGUGUACGCAGCCUUGAACUUGCCACCGUUCGCCACCGAGACGCGGUUGUACUCAGUGACGAGGGCGAUGAUCGCGCGAGAGACGUCGUUCAUGUAAAAGAUCGGCGGGUCCGUGUCGAGGCAGACAGCGUGGAACUGGUUCGAGUCCUGCAUCGUGAUGCGCGCGAAGGCGUCGAAGUCGCGGGCGAGGAUCGCCUGCUUGAGGGCAGCAAUGCGCGCGGGGACGACUUCCUUGAUACGGUGCUGGAGUAGCGGCGAGGUCUCGACGGUGCGCUGCAUGCCCGAUGUCGAGCUCGUGCCCUUCUUGUCGUCUGAGACAACGCAGAUGAGCGCGUGGAUGUCCGGCCAGUGCGACUGCGGUGCGAUUUCGACCGCGAGCGAGUCGCUGCCGUCGGGCGAUAAACCUUUCUUCCACGCCACGUAUCCGCCAAAGAGCGAGCGGCAGGCGGAGCCAGAGCCUUGCCGGGCGAUCAGGGAAAGCUGGGACGGCGUCGCGGGGAGCUUGUAGAGUGCAGCCAGUGAUGCGACGAGGGCCGCAAAGCCGGAUGCAGAGGACGCAAGACCUGCAGCGGUGGGAAAGUUGUUUCGCGAGCAGAUGUGCACCGCGUAUGAGGACAGCUUCGGUUCGGGCGAGUUCUUUCCUUCGACUUCACGCCUCAGCUGCUUCAUCUCCCGGAUGCAUGUCGCAAGCCUUCCGCCCUCCUUGAUUUCUUCUUCGACGCCAUUCAGCCAGAGACGGUCCUUCUCGAAGGACGGAUCUGCACGCGAGGUGGUGGUCGACCGCAGGUGAUCCUGGUCAAGAGUGACCGACAAAGACGAGUUCGUGGGAAGGAUGAGAUUGAUGUCGCGCUUGCCCCAGUAUUUUAUGCAAGCAAUGUUCACGGGUGCAGAUGCGGUAGCCUGGUAAACGGACAUUUCUAGGGCUGUCGAGGUGGAGGUCAA